AUCACAGCACCCCAUCCAGAUAGCAAGCAAGCAAGCACACGGCGCGUAUCCCUCUACCAACGCAGAAAACUUACUUAACCACUCGAUCCUGAUCGAUCGAUCGAGCGAGAGAGGAUCGAGCUAGGUGGGGGUUCUGGUCCAGAUCGAUGGACAUGGCGCACGAGAGGGACGCGAGCAGCGAGGAGGAGGUGAUGGCCGGGGACCUGCGGCGCGGGCCGUGGACGGUGGAGGAGGACCUCCUGCUCGUCAACUACAUCGCCGCGCACGGCGAGGGCCGCUGGAACUCGCUCGCCCGAUCAGCAGGGCUGAAGCGCACAGGCAAGAGCUGCCGGCUCCGGUGGCUGAACUACCUCCGUCCCGACCUCCGGCGAGGCAACAUCACGCCGCAGGAGCAGCUGCUCAUCCUGGAGCUGCACUCGCGGUGGGGCAACCGCUGGUCCAAGAUCGCGCAGCACCUCCCCGGCCGCACCGACAACGAGAUCAAGAACUACUGGCGGACGCGGGUGCAGAAGCACGCCAAGCAGCUCAAGUGCGACGUCAACAGCCAGCAGUUCAAGGACGUCAUGCGCUACCUCUGGAUGCCGCGCCUAGUCGAGCGCAUCCAGGCCGCCGCCUCCUCCUCCGGCGGGGAGGCGGGCAAUCAGCAGCAGCAGGGCGGCGCCGACACGUCCCCCCUGUCGUGGCAGCACGGUGGCUGCGACGACGGGCUCUACGAGUCGGCGGAGCUCCCGAUGCCCGAUGCCAGCUGCUGGCCGGCCGAGUACUGCACGGCGGCCGGCGGGCAGAUGCACGGCACGCCUGCCCCGGAGCUGUCGAGCACCACGGCCGGGUCGUCCUCGCCGUCCACGGACUCUGGCGCCGGGGCGCAGCCCAGCUGGGCUCAGGCUGACGGCGCCGAGUGGUUCACCACUGCCUGCGACGCCUCCAGCGCCAUCGGUGUGGCCACGAGCGACAUGAAGCUUGCCCAGCCGGCGUGCCAGGCUGUGCAGACGUGGACGCCCGAGUCGUCACUGCCUGGCCUCAGCUUCCCCGACCUCGCCGUCGCGGACUUCGAGAUCGGCGGCUUCGACGUCGACAGCUUCUGGACGAGCAUGGAAGACGACCUGUGGUGCCCCACCCAGGCCGCCGUGUGAAAAUUCAGCACGGCCGCCAUGGAAAUCCGCAGCGGCGAACGCGCGCGCGCAGCGACACCAGCGGGUGCACGACCGCCGGGGACGCGUAGCAGAGCGGAGAAGCGGACUAGAAGAAGGAGAGAGAAGCUAUCUGGGGGAUUAGAACAAGAUUAAUCGCCUCAAGAUGCCAUUUUUGGACUCCAAGCUCCCAGACGACUAUUCUAACUCCAGUUCUUUUCCGUUUCUUUCUCCUUUUUUUACUUCCUAGGGUAAAGAAAAAACUAAAGAAGUUAAAAGAUGUACUUAGCCGUUAUAGUGUUGUUGAUGCCGCUGUUACUAAAGUUUGUCCGUUUAAUUUUUACUCAUUCUUUUUGAGUAAAUACAGUACUACCACCACUGCUGUACGAGGUUGAAACUGUAGGAUUAACAAGAUUAUUGUACCCUUCUAGUAGAAAGCGGUAAUUAAUAAACCAAAGCUCCGACGUCAAGUUCUGA